AUGGACUCUAUAGCUCCUGCGUCUGAUAAGAUCUACACUACAACAAAAUGCCACGGCAUAUUAACGUUCAAGCACUUUGUGAGCUAUCAGAGACCGCGGUUCAAACUCACUCUACCUACCCCAGCAAACGAUGAUGGCUCCCGUACACUGGGCUUUACUUCUAAAUUUACCUUCACUCGCCCUAAGGAAGGACCAUCCGUGGUAUAUAUCACGGAAGACUUCAACGACGUCUUCCCCUACACGAACUUUCACCGGAAUGUCACAGUUCCAAUGUGGGACACCGACCUGUUGCCUAACCCUGGACCCUCUCAAAUCGAAGAAAACCUUGACACGAUGAGAAAAGCCUCGUUCAUUGCCUACGACACCUCCUUUUUCAAAGUUCCUGGGUCUUUCAUGACUACACAAGAAGGCAAUAUCACCACGCCAAGUAGUGUUGUGAAGAAGGAUCCGAAAAUGCUCAAGACCGAGGUCAUGCAGAAUAACUUCUACGGCCACCGGUUCAACUCAAUGAAUGAUAUCGUGGUCUCAGGCGAGGACAUCGCCUUCUUCACCGAUGGGUAUCAAGGCUGGGACGAUUUCAACGAUACCCUCUUCCCCCAGCUAGCCAACGGCGUCUACCCUUGGGACAUGAGCACUGGGAAUAUCAAGAUGGUUGCUGGAGCCGCGGACGGUGCAUUCUUCAACCCGAACGGCCUUGCUUUCAACCACGACCAGACCAGGUCAGAUGUUACCAAUCGUGGAUUCUCCAGCUCCGACCUGCAUGGCGCUCGGACAAUCUAUGUCUACAAUGUAAUUCCGUCUGGAAUAUCGAACCGUGAGAUUUUCGCAUACGUGGACUCUGGCUUUCCGGACGGGAUGGAGACAGACAGACAAGGAUGGUCGGGUGGCAGUUGUCUCCAGCACCCCAGCAUUGGUCAUUUGAUUCUGCAGGAGACGCCAAUUCGGCUUCGGAAGAUGCUGAUUAUUCGACGACGGGGUGUUCCCGACCUUCUGUUCAAGUACCGCAUGGGGCUCGGCGGCAAUAUCGACGUGCUUAUUGGACUGAUGAAGUGA